AUGCACGCCGCCCUGGCGGGGCCGCUGCUCGCCGCCCUCCUGGCCACCGCCCGCGCCCGCCCGCAGCCCCCGGACGGAGGACAGUGCCGGCCGCCCGAAUCGCAGGGGGAACUGAACUCCUUCUUGUGGACUAUUCGACGUGACCCCCCAGCCUACCUGUUUGGCACCAUUCACGUCCCGUACACUCGUGUGUGGGACUUUAUCCCAGACAACUCCAAGGCGGCCUUUCAGGCCAGUGCUCGCGUCUACUUUGAGCUUGACCUCACAGACCCCUAUACCAUCUCUGCGCUGGCCAGCUGCCAACUGCUGCCGCAUGGGGAGAACCUGCAGGACGUCCUGCCUCGGGAGCUGUACUGGCGCCUGAAGCGCCACCUGGACUACGUGAAGCUCAUGAUGCCCUCGUGGAUGACGCCUGCGCAGCGUGGCAAAGGGCUCUAUGCAGACUACUUGUUCAACGCCAUUGCUGGCAACUGGGAGCGAAAGAGGCCUGUGUGGGUUAUGCUCAUGGUGAACUCACUGACGGAGACCGACGUGCGCUCCCGUGGAGUGCCAGUGCUGGACCUCUAUCUGGCACAGCAGGCUGAGAAGAUGAAGAAGAGCACCGGGGCAGUGGAGCGGGUGGAGGAGCAGUGCCACCCACUCAAUGGGCUCAACUUCUCCCAGGUGCUGUUUGCUCUGAACCAGACGCUGCUGCAGCAUGAAAGCGUACGGGCUGGAAGCCUGCAAGCACCAUACACCACCGAGGACCUCAUCAAGCACUACAACUGUGGAGACCUCAAUGCCGUCAUCUUCAACCAUGACACGUCCCAGCUGCCCAAUUUUAUCAACACCACCCUGCCACCGCACGAGCAGGUGACAGCCCAGGAAAUUGACAGCUACUUCCGCCAGGAGCUGAUCUACAAGAGAAAUGAGAGGAUGGGGAAGAGAGUCAUGACUCUUCUGCAGGAGAAUGAAGACAAAGUCUGCUUCUUUGCCUUCGGAGCAGGUCACUUUCUGGGGAACAAUACUGUCAUCGAUGUCCUGCGGCAAGCAGGGCUGGAGGUAGAGCACACACCCGCAGGGCAGGCCAUCCACGGCCCUGUGGCCCGGAGCCCAGCACCCCCUCCCGAGGGGACCUCGGAGAACCCGACUCCAGCGACUCCAGCUGCCGCCAUCCCUGUGGUACCCUCAGCGACCCCCACCCUGCAGCCUGAGGAGGAGGAUCCAGCCCUGUCCCCACACCUCCUGCUCCCCGACAGCCUCAGCCAGCUAGAGGAGUUUGGGCGACAGAAGAAGUGGCACAAGAGGCAGAACAAACAGCAGCGGCCCAGGCAGUUCAAUGACCUCUGGGUCCGCAUUGAGAACAGCACCACGGCCUCGCCACCCCCACUGCCCGUCCAUCCCACACAGAGCUCCAGGACUGCCAAGCCCCUGCUCCAGCUCUCCGACCAGCUCCAGCCCCAGGAUCAGCCUGGUCUGUCCAGCAACUCAGCACUCAGCCACGCACAGCCCAUCACCGUGGACUCCCUCACUGCUGUCACAGCCACCAUUGCCGCCACCUCCCUGCUGUACAUCUUGGGGCCCUCCUGA